UCUUCUAUUUAUACAUAGAAAACCCUCUUCUUCCCCAUUUAUAUACUCACUCAUCUCCUUCACAGCUGCUUCAGCCACAAUGGGGUUAAGGGAAGUGUGGGUUGUGUUGUCAAUAAUGGUUGCAACUUCUUCAGCUGCUGCUGCUGUGGAUCAACGGACCUUCAUAAUUCACAUGGACACCACGAAGAUGCCGGCCACAGACCCUGAACAAUGGUACACAUCCAUGAUUCAUUCAGUCAAUGAACUCCCGUCUCUCAACACCGACGAAGGAGAAGCAUCGAACACGGCUGAGGUUCUCUAUGUCUACAAAACUGCCCUUUCARGUUUUGCCGCGAAGCUCACCACCAGAAAGCUUGAUGCUAUAAGCAAAAUACGAGGCUUUGUGGCAGCCAUUCCCGAUGAGCUGCUGCAGCUCCACACCACCCAUUCCAGCAACUUUCUGGGCCUCGAACUCGAUCAUGGCCUCUGGAAUUCUUCCACCUUGGCAUCCGACAUAAUCGUCGGUGUCCUCGAUACUGGCAUUUGGCCGGAGCACGUGAGCUUCCAUGACAAGGGCGUGCCCCGCGUGCCGAGGAGAUGGAAAGGCGUCUGCGAACAAGGCCCCAAAUUCUCGCCCUCAAACUGCAACAGAAAACUCAUCGGCGCAGCAGCCUUCCUUAAAGGCUACGAGUCCAUCGUCGGCAGAUUGAACCAAACAGCGACGUAUCGAUCCCCUCGGGACUCUGAUGGCCAUGGCACUCACACUGCAUCCACUGCUGCUGGAAAUCUCGUGUACAAAGCUGGCUUUUAUGACCAAGCCAUGGGAGCCGCCGCGGGAAUGAGGUUCACUUCCAGGAUUGCGGCAUAUAAAGUAUGCUGGCCAGCGGGGUGUGCCAACGCAGACAUCUUGGCAGCCAUAGACCGUGCUGUCGCCGAUGGUGUCGACGUUCUAUCCCUCUCUUUGGGCGGUAGAGCCGCUCCUUUCUACCGUGACGGUAUUUCCAUAGCCGCAUUCGGCGCCGUACGAAACGGCGUUUUCGUCUCCUGCUCCGCUGGCAACUCCGGCCCCUCUCCCUCCACCGUCAGCAAUGUAGCACCGUGGAUCAUGACCGUCGCUGCCAGCUAUACCGACCGGACCUUCCCGACCACCGUAAAGCUCGGGAGUGGACAAGUUUUCCAAGGCUCCUCUCUGUAUUCCGGCAAGAACACAAAUCAACUCCCACUUGUUUAUAACAAAACUGCUGGCCCCCAAGAGGCCAAUCUUUGCACUCCUGGCUCACUUAUUCCAGCCAUGGUGAAGGGGAAAAUUGUGGUGUGCGAACGAGGAACAAUUUCGAGAACUGCAAAAGGAGAGCAAGUGAAAUUGGCUGGAGGAGCUGCCAUGAUUCUCAUCAACACUGAGCUCGAAGGGGAGGAGCUUUUUGCCGACCCCCAUGUUUUGCCAGCCACUUCUCUUGGAGCUUCUGCUGGCAAAGCCAUCAAAAAGUUCAUAGCUUCCUCGAAAGAUCAACCGAAAGGUUCGAUCACAUUCGGGGGGACCAGGUAUGGGAGUCGAGCCCCGAGAGUGGCUGCAUUUUCCUCUCGAGGGCCGAACCCCAUCCAACGAACUAUAAUGAAGCCAGACGUAACUGCACCAGGAGUCAACAUCUUAGCUGCAUGGCCGGCCAUAAUCAGCCCGAGCGAGCUCGAGUCCGACAAAAGGAGAGUGUUGUUUAACAUCAUUUCGGGAACUUCUAUGUCUUGCCCUCAUGUUAGCGGGCUGGCUGCGCUCCUCAAGGCGGCGCACAAGGAUUGGUCGCCUGCGGCGAUCAAAUCCGCGCUCAUGACAACAGCUUACACCACUGACAACAAAAUGCGUCUCAUCUCCGACGUAGGCUCCACCAGUGGUCGACCGGCGAAUGCUUUCGCAUUCGGUUCAGGCCACGUGGAUCCCGAGAAGGCUUCCGAUCCGGGGUUGGUCUACGACAUCACGCCGCGGGACUACUUGAACUACUUGUGUAGCUUGAACUACACUUCAUCACAGAUUGCUUUGCUCUCAAGAGAGAAUUUCAGCUGCCCCUCAAGAGGGGCAUUUCUAAAGCCAGGGGACUUGAACUACCCUUCUUUCUCAGUAAUUAUGGAUCAGAAGAAGGCUACAAAUGUGAGUGUUACAUUGAAGAGAACAGUGACAAAUGUUGGUAGCCCAAGGGGGGAUUACACUGUCAAAAUUAACAGUCCAAAAGGAGUAGCAAUAAUUGUGAAGCCUCAGAAGUUAAGUUUCAAGAGAUUAGGAGAAAAGUUAAGUUAUAAAGUGAGUUUCAUUUCAUUGGGGAAAGGAAAAUCUUUUGGUGAUUCUUCUUUUGGAUCUCUGGUGUGGCUCUCAGGAAAAUAUAGUGUGAGAAGUCCUGUGGCAGUAACUUGGCAGUAGAUAAGAUGAUGUAACUGCACUUGGGGUGUUUAUUUCCUAUAUAUUUAGAAGAUCCAAGUUAUUUAUUGUAAGAUCAUUUGAAUUCUUCCAACUUUAAAUUUCUAUCCCAUGUAAUAUAUAUCUAAUAGACACUUUGUAACUAUGUGUCACUACAACAUGCUUAAAUUAAUAAA